AUGGUGAUAUCAGAGAUCGGCUUAAGCUUACCCGUGUUGCCACUGCCGACCUACCCCCGCGGAUACCAGGCACAUCCGACUCCCCGCGCCGCAGAUGGCGACAAGUACCUGCUCGGCGUGGGGAAAGGCGACAUCACCGGCCCCGUCGUGGAGAUCAACUUUGCCGGCUACGCCGAUACCGACCAGGUCGGCUCCGGCUUGCGCCAGCGCUUGUACAGCCGCGCUUUCAUCAUUGGCGAUAAGAGCAAGCCGGCGGACCGCUUCGUGUAUCUCGUCAUUGACACCGCGUCGGGCGAUACCGCCGUGAGGAACGGCAUCGUCGAGGGGCUCAAGGCUCUCGGCGGAGAUUAUGCCAAGUACUACAACAACCGAAACAUUGCCGUGACCGGAACCCACAGCCAUGCGGGCCCUGGUGGAUGGUGGAACUAUCUGUUGCCGCAGGUUACUAGCUUGGGGUUUGACCGUCAGGGUUACCAGGCCAUUGUGGACGGUGCCGUGCUCUCUAUCAAGAGAGCCCAUGAUUCCUCACCGAGGGCUAUCUCGACACACCACCAUGACGCUCCUGCGCUUCCGCCGCGCCUCGGACGGCAAGACGACGGGCGUGCUCACCUGGUACCCGUGCACGGCACCUCCCUCCUGCAGAACAACACCCUCGUGGCCGGCGACAACAAGGGCGUGGCCGCCUGGCUCCUCGAGCGCGAGGUCACGCGCGGCACGGGCUCGCUCGCGGGCACCGCGGCCGAGGGCUUCGUCGCCGGCUUCAGCCAGGCCAACGUGGGGACACGACGCCCAACCCUGGAAAACAGCACGUGCGCCGACGGCCUAUCGCAGUCGUGCCACGGCCGCGGGCCCGAGUUCCGCAAGCUCGAUCUCGGCGUGUCGUCGUGCUUCGAGAUUGGGAGGCGGCAGUUUGCGGGCGCGCUCUCCAUCCUCGGCGCGCUCUCAGCCAAGUCUACGCCCGUGGUGGGGCCGACGGUCAAGUCGUUUCACUUUUACCACGACAUGGCGUUUUCCAAGUUUAGGCUCCCGGACGGCACCGAGGCGACGACGUGUCCGGCGGCGCUGGGCUACUCGCGGACGCGGGGAUCCGGACGCGAAUCCGGUGUGGUCCGUGAUUUCGGGGUGUUGCGCACGCCGUCGGCCGAGCAGAAGAAGUGCCAGGAGCCCAAGCCUAUCCUCUUCGACGUGGGCGAGAUGAGCACGCCGUACGCGUGGUCGCCCAACGUGGUGGACGUCCAGGUCCUUCGCGUGGGCCAGCUCGUCGUCAUCGUCAGCCCCGGCGAGGCCACGACCAUGGCGGGCCGGCGGUGGCGGGAGGCCGUGGGCGCCGAGGUGCGCGGCCUCAUCGGUCGGGACCCCGUCGUGGUGCUCGGCGGGCCGGCCAACACGUACUCGCACUACAUCACCACGCGGGAGGAGUUUGGCAUCCAGCGCUACGAGGGCGCCUCCACGCUCUACGGCCAGCACACGCUCGCGGCCUACAUCAACCUGACCGUCUCCGCCGCGCACCACCUCGCCCCGGACGCGUCCUCGAGCCCGGCUCCGGGCCCCUCGCCGCCGGAUAAUCGCAAGAACUCGCUCUCCUUCAUCACGGGCCCGGCGGCGAGCUACGCGCGGGGCGCUACGGCGCGCGCCGUCUUUGUCGGGGCGAACCCGCGCAACAAUUUGCGCCUCGAGGGCACGUACGCGGCGGUGGAGAGGUUGGAGAGCGGGGGUCAGUGGCGUAGGGUGCGCGGGGACGGGGAUUGGUUCCUCGUGUACUCGUGGAAGCGCAAGGAUUGGCUGUUUGGCACGAGCGAGGUGACGCUGGAGUGGUAUACGGGCGAGGAUGGGGCGGCGGCCGAUGUGCAGCCGGGGACGUAUAGGUUCAAGUAUUACGGGGACUCGAAGAGCUUGUUUGGCUGCAUUUAG